UCCUGGUUCGCCGCACCGUGGCGUGGGUAGCAGCGUCCGCCAUGGGAACCUCUCCCUCCUCUCUCGCGUGUGUGAAGUUACAGAGACGGGGAAAGGUGAAAAGGAGUGGGGAGAACGUGUGGAGGGGAUUGCGCUUCGGUGACUUAAGGCACAUGCCUUUGUGCUUAUGACAUGUGGGUCCAACAGGUGGCUGGCCCACAUGUCAAGGACCCAAAGGCAGGUGCCUUUAAAGCACCAAAGCUGCGUCCGUGUGGAGGAGAUAGAGGUGGAAGAGAUAAGGCCGACUGGGGGGGGGGGUGGAUGGAUGGGCCCAGUGGACACGUGUUAAGCCUUGCACGCGGUUUACGUUAGUUUGUUUUCAACCGGUUGAAAACAAAUGUUUUCUAUUUUUUAUUAUUACAAGAUGUCUUCCUUUAGGUACAUGGCAUUUUUUCUAAUACCAUGGAUAUGUAUUUUUUCGUCCAUGACAUUUAGAAAAAAAAACAGUAAACUGGGUCGGGCCCUAUGGGGCAAUGGGAGUUCGCCCUGGCAAACAAUCGAUGGGAGCAGCUCGCCCAAGCGACAAAUUCAGUGCCUCCUCCCUGGCGAUCGACCGCCAGAUAUACGCGUCGGUUAUCUAUUAUCACAUACUAGAAGAAAAAAAAAUCCAUUUAUGUAAGCAAGCGGUAAAGAAAAAAGAUAGUACAUUGUAUAUAGUGAAAAAUCCAAAAAUGAAAUUAUUUGCGGAAACAAAACAAAGAAAUGCAAGAAAGCAUAUUUCACAUAAAAUAAAUAAAUGAUGUGGACCAAAAACUGGGGAAAAUGAAAAAUAUAAAGAGAACCAGAAAAAUGGAUGACAGAUAAAAUAAUGUGGAUACGAACCCAUUCACACGCAGGCCCAUCAAACUCUGGUCCAAUCCACCAAAAGAACGACAACCCAUUCACUCCGGCAAUCCAUCAUUGCCUAAAAGAAAAAUAAAAAAAAUUGCAAUCCAUCGAAAACAUCUCCGCCGCCGCCGCCGCCGCCGUCCGCCGUGACCGCCGCUCCUGCGCCAUGCUCCGGCUCCGGGAGUGCGUCGUUUCCCGUCUCCUCUCUUCGCCCUCCAACUCUGCCACCUCCCCACUCCGCCGCCUCCUCUCGGCCACCGCGUCGGCCCCCAUUUCCCCGAAUCCCAGUGGCUUCGCCGUGGAGGAGUACCUCGUCGCCACCUGCGGCCUCACCCGGGCCCAAGCCAUCAAAGCCUCCCCGAAGCUCGCCCACCUCAAGUCGCCCGCCAAUCCCGACGCCGUGCUCGCCUUCCUCUCCGGCCUCGGCCUCUCCGGCGCCGCCGCCGCCGCCACCGUCGCCAAAGACCCGCGGCUACUCUGCGCCAAAGUGGACAAAACCCUGGCCUCUAAGGUCGCCGGGCUUACCGGCAUAGGCCUCUCGCGCCCUGAGAUCGCCCGCCUCGUCUCCCUCGGCCCCGAGUGCUUCCGCUCCAGACACAUCGUCUCCAAGCUGCAGUACUACCAUCCCCUCUUCGGCUCCUUCCACAACUUCCUCCGGGCGUACGAGCGCUCCUCCUAUCUUCUCUCGCGGGGCCUUGAUAAGAUGAUCAAGCCCAACGUCGCGUACCUGCACGAGUGCGGGCUAGCUGCUUGUGAUAUUGUCAAGCUGGUCAUGUACAGGCGGGGGAUCCUGACCACCAACCUGGGGCGCCUCCGGGCGAUGGUUGCAUGCGCCGAAGGUAUAGGCGUGCCCCGUGGCUCUGGGAUGUUCAGACAAGCGCUGUAUGCUGUCGCAUUCCAAAGCGAGGAGAAGAUUGCCGUCAAAGUGGACUACUUGAAGACCACGCUCAGGUGGUCUGCUGCUGAGGUGGGCAUCGCUGUGUCUAAGGCUCCGAUGCUGCUGAGGAGGUCAAAGGACACGCUGCGGAGCAAGUCCGAGUUCCUGGUAUCUGAGGUGGGGUUGGAACCAACGCUCAUUGCUCAUCGCCCGAUAGUGCUCACUUACAGCCUGGAGGGCCGGCUCAGGCCCCGGCACUACGUUCUAAAGUUUGUCAAGGCAAAUGGGUUGCUAGAUCGUGAUCAGAGCUACAUCUGCGCGGUCGGUUUGAUGGAGAAUGUUUUCGUGAAGAAGUUCGUGCGCCCUCACAUCGAAGCUGCGCCGCACCUUGCUGAAGACUACGCGGCUGCCUGCCGAGGAGAAGUACCCACUAGGUUCAUAUUUGAUUGAACCAGGACCCUGCUGUUAAAAUGUGUAACUGUGUAUGGCACAGCAAAGUUUACAUUCUGUGCAGUAAACUGGUUAGUCCCUUUCCUGUGUUGUUCGCCAAAACAGACAGACGCUUGUUAUCUUCUCUAAAAUGGCAGUUCGGUCUUCAGUGAUUAGAUUAUGAUUUUUUGUAUGCUUAUUAUGCCUUUUGGUUUCUUUCACCUUAUGUAUUCUUAAUGAUGGAUUAUCUUUGUUCCCAAGUCC